UUUUCUGGAGAGUUAGAGUGGAAGAGACAAAGCGGGGCCGCCGGGGCGGGCGCCAUGGAGCUGCGCUCCCGGGCUCUGCUGUGGAAGCUGGCGCUGCUGCAGAGUUCUGCUGUCCUGCUGUCCUCAGGGCCGCCGGGGCCGCCGGGCAGCUCCCCGGUGCCCGAGGUGGCCGUGCGCGGGGCGGCGGGCGCGCCGGCGGUGCUGCUGUGCCGGAGCCCGCGCAUGGUGUGGACGCAGGACCGGCUGCGCGGGCAGCGCGUGGUGCACUGGGAUCGCGGCGGCGGCCCCGCGGGCCCCCCGCGCCGGCUGCUGGACAUGUACUCGGCCGGCGAGCAGCGCGUGUACGCGGCGCGGGACCGGGGCCGCCUGCAGCUGGCGCCCUCCGCCUUCCACGACGGCAACUUCUCCCUGCUCAUCCGCGAGGUGGACGAGGCGGACGCGGGGCUGUACACCUGCAACCUGCACCACCACUACUGCCAGCUCUACCGCACGCUGGCCGUCCGCCUGGACGUGACCCCCGACCCCCGGGCCGCCGGCGCGCGCUGGGACGGCGAGGAGCCGCGGCUGGUGGUGGCGCGCGGCGCGCCCGCGCUGCUGCCCUGCGUGAACCGCGAGCAGGUGUGGACCGAGCGGCACGUGGAGGAGGCGCAGCAGGUGGCGCACUGGGACCGGCAGCCGCCCGGGGUCCCGCACGACCGCGCCGACCGCCUGCUCGACCUGUACGCGUCGGGCGAGCGCCGCGCCUACGGGCCGCCCCCGCUGCGCGCGCGCGUGGCCGUGGCCGAGGACGCCUUCGCGCGCGGCGACUUCUCGCUGCGCAUCGACCCGCUGGAGCCGGCCGACGAGGGCACCUACUCCUGCCACCUGCACCACCACUACUGCGGCCUGCACGAGCGCCGCGUCUUCCACCUGAGCGUCGGCGCGGCCGCCGCGCCCGCCGCGCCGCCCCCGCGGGGCUCGCCCGGCAACGGCUCCAGCCCCGGCCCAGACCCCACGCUGUCCCGCGGCCACAGCGUCAUCAACCUCAUCGUGCCCGAGGGCCGAGCCCACUUCUUCCAGCAGCUGGGCUACGUGCUGGCCACGCUCCUGCUGUUCAUCCUGCUGCUCAUCACGGUCAUCCUGGCCACUCGGCAGCGCCGGCGUGGAGGGUGUGAGGAAUACGGCCACACGCAGCCUGGGAAGUCUGCGGGGCAGGACCUGAGCAUGGCAGAGCUUGCCCCGACCAGGGGGGACCAGCCUCCCCGCCGGAGCGAGGACAUCCAGCUAGAUUACAAGAACAACAUCCUGAAGGAGCGGGCCGCGCUGGCACACGGCCCCCCGCCCGCCAAGGACCUCGACUUCGACAGAGGCUUCAGGAAGGAGUACUGCAAGUAGGACCCGGGGCCCUGACCGGGCCGGCUGCAGGUGGCGCCUUCCUGCAAGCGUCCCCGGCCCCCAAGGCUUGCCAGGCCCCUCCAGCGGCUGGUCCCGCUGUCCUGGACCUGGGCUGGUGCAGAGCAGGCCUGCGCUGGAGGCCGCCCUCCUCACCAGCUGGCCGUGCACCCCGCACCCAGCCACAGCCCUGCCGGCCAGGGUACUCCAAGCCCUACGGCUCGGCCUCUGCGGUGGGGGCAAGAGACCCCUCUCUGCAGGAGCGGGGCCGGGACACUGCACGGGGACAGCUUCACCCUGUCCUGGCACAACUGACCUGCCGACACCCCUCUGGCUUCUGGCCCUUCCCCGCUGUCCACCCCGCUGGCCUGCUUCCCACCAGCAGCUUCCAGGCACCGGCUCCUGGACCCUGACCCUGACCAAGCCUGCUCCUGUACCGGAGUUCUGGGCUGGUGCUGAGAACGGGGAGGGGUGAGGACGGCCCCAGAGUGGCCGGUGCCGCCGCUCCUGGUGCCCCACCCGUGCUCCUCCUAGGGUGCUGUGCUCCUCCUGGGGUGCUGCCUUCACAAUAAAGACCACAUCUGAUUUCCAGGCUCUGCCCAGGUGUGCCUUCGCACCCCACUGCCCCAGGCGCAGAGCCGGACCAGGCCCCCAGCUGAUGUCCUCGAUUUCACCGAGGCCACUGCCCCCUGCUCUGGGCAGAGGGCCGAGGGGGGUGGCAGUGAGCAUGAGGGCAGUCGGGCAGGAGGGGACUGCCCUCAUGUGAGAUGGGGGGCGGGUGAGCCCUGGGCCAGGACGGAGUGACUGCUCUCAGGCAGCAGACGGCAGGGAGGGGACUUGGGGAAGCAGCAGCCUCUGAUCCCCCAAGAGCUCCCAAGAGGGUGGGGGCAGCAAAGGGGGACUGUCCCCCCCCAGGACCCUGCAGGGGCCAGCGGGGCAGCCUCCUGGGUACACAGCAACCCCCCUGCGGUGUGGCCCUUCCUGCCAGGCCCAGGCUCCGGCCUCAAGCUCGGUGCUGCCCCCCAUCCGGCCGGGGUUCAGGAUGCGGCUGGGGCCCCCACCCGCCUGGGUGACCAUCAGCCCUUUGUCCCUGCAAAAGCUCUCAGGGCAGCGGCCGUCUCCUCCCCGGGACACCCCAGAUGGCCUCUGGGGAAGCCAGGCCUGCGAGGGCAGCCCCUCUGCGCCGCGGUGUGGAGGCGA